AUGGCUACGAUAAGAUAAUAAAACCGUUUAGGUAGAUAUCGAGUUAACAAAAUUUACGCUCUUCCACGGCUUAUAGAAUCAUGAUUGAUUAAGUUAAUUCUAAUCUUCAAUUUCUCACCAAGCUCCAUGAGUGCGACGUGUUGGCUGCCGACAUGGUCGUGCUCUCUAUCGCGGGCACAUCAUAACUUAUGUGUGCGAGCCCGAAUCCUGCGAUCGCAACCCCGCCUUUUCCUUCCAAUCUCACAUUCCCCGCGAUGCCACCAAUUCUCGUCCCAACCGACGAGGCGUCGCCGCCUCCUCACCCUCGCCAUCGAGACGUCAUGCGAUGACACGUGCGUCGCAGUCCUGGAGAAGGACGCAGGCCCGAAAGGCGCGGCGCAUUUACUCUUCAACGAUAAAACCACGUCCGCAAACCGCUCGUUCCAAGGCGUGCACCCUUUAGUUGCCGUUGCAUCGCAUACGGAGCACAUAGCCGGCCUGGUGCGGGAAGCUAUGCGCGCGCUCCCCAACGCGUUGGGAAAGCAAGAUGCGGAUUUGAGAGAUGGUAAUCGGGACAGAAACAUAGGCGGGGAGGAGAAUGUGCUCUGGGUCGACGGACAGGCGCGCAGAAAACCGGACUUCGUGGCGGUGACGCGCGGGCCGGGCAUGCUGUCGAGUCUGGCCACGGGCCUGAACAUGGCCAAGGGGCUCGCCGUCGCAUGGGAUAUACCGCUCCUCGGCGUAAACCACAUGCAAGCGCACGCGCUGACGCCGCGGCUCGUCAGUGCCCUCGAGGCCGGGAAGCAGGAGCGGACGCAAGAGGAAAAGGAAAAAAGCUUCGAACCCACCCCGGCUUUCCCCUUCCUAUCUCUCCUGGUCUCGGGUGGGCACUCGCUGCUCGUGCUAUCGCGAUCCCUCAACGACCACGCCAUCCUCGCGCAGGCUAAGAGCAUCGCCGUCGGCGACAUGAUAGACAAGUGCGCGCGCGCGAUCCUACCGGCCUCCGCGAUCGCCGGCGGCGGCGAGACCAUCGUAUACGGCGCGCUGCUCGAGCGCUUCGCCUUUCCCUCCCCCUCCUCCCCCUCCUCUCCCCAAGACGCAUACGCCGACACCGCGGACACCAUCGACUACGGCUACACGCCGCCGGCGAAGCGCGUCGACGAGAUCCAGAACUUCGACUCGGGGCGCGGCUGGUUCCUGCGGCCGCCGCUGGCCCUGUCGCGGGACAUGCAGUACGAGUUCGGCGGCAUGAACGGGCACGUGCUGAAGAUCCUGGACGAGCGCCCGGACAUGGACCUCGCGCAGCGCCGCGUCCUCGCCCGCGAGACCAUGCGCCUGACCUUCGAGCACCUCGCCACCCGCGUCCUGUUCGCGCUCGACGCGAGCGAGGGCCGGGCCGGCGAUAGGUCGCUGGCCGGCGUCCGGACCCUGGUCGUGGCCGGCGGCGUCGCUAGUAACCGGUACCUGAUGCAUAUCUUGCGCGCGAUGCUGGAUGUGCGCGGUUAUGGCCACAUCGGCAUUGUGAGUCCGCCGUUGUCGCUGUGCACGGAUAAUGCGGCGAUGAUCGCGUGGACGGGCAUGGAGAUGUAUGAGGCUGGCUGGCGGACCGAGCUGGAUGUAACCCCUAUCAAGAAGUGGCCCCUGGAUCCGAAUGUUGACGGUGGCAUUCUUGGAGUAGGUGGCUGGAAGAACGUGGACGGUAAAACGGCAUGAUGCUCUCUGAGGCCACUUGCUUAAAUAUCGGCAGAUAAGUAGAGUGCUACGACUAUAGAUGUAUGAUUACAUUGCAUUGGCAGCAUGGCAUGGCAUACAUCGGCGUUACUUCAUUACGGGGAAAGCAUUGGGAAUUCGGUGGUGGAAAAUAAAAAAAUGAUGCCAUAGUUGG